GAGUUCCUCAUUUCUGUGCUUGCAGAGGCAGAAACACAGCUCACUUUCUUUCCUGGUCUUUUCUUCUGUAAGAGCGGGGAAAGGCUCAGGCUAGUGUUUUAUUGACCAUGUGUAACUAUGAAACAGCAUUCAUCAGUGGGAGAGAGGCGCACUAAGUGAAUCUGACAUCUCUUGGUUGUUGAGACAGAAUAUGGAAAUGUCACUGGUUUUCUUUGCUCAUCUGAAUAUGUGUGAGUCAAAAGAGAAAACUUUUUUCAAACUAAUGCAUGGGUCAGGCAAAGAAGAAACAAGCAUCGAGGCCAAAAUCAGAGCUAAAGAGAAAAGAAAUAGACUGAGUCUUCUUCUACAGAGAUCUGACUUCCAUGGGGAGACUCCCACCAGCAGAUCUGCCCUGUUGGCCAAAGAAGCAAGAGUCUCCCAUGAAGAAGCAGUGAAAUGGGCUGAAUCAUUUGACAAAUUGAUUUCUCAUAGAGAUGGACUGGAUGCUUUUACUAGAUUUCUUAAAACUGAAUUCAGUGAGGAAAACAUUGAAUUUUGGGUAGCCUGUGAAGAUUUCAAGAAAUGCAAGGAACCUCAACAAAUAAGGCUGAAAGCCAAAGCAAUAUAUGAGAAAUUCAUUCGGAAUGAUGCUCCAAAAGAGGUUAACCUUGAUUUUCAUACCAAAGAAGUAAUUACUAAGAGCAUCACACAGCCAACUCUCCACAGUUUUGAUGCAGCUCAAAGCAGAGUCUAUCAGCUCAUGGAACAAGACAGUUACACACGCUUUCUGAAAUCUGAGAUCUACUUACAUCUGCUAGAAGGAAGACCUCAGAGACCAACAAAUCUUAGGAGAAGAUCACGAUCAUUUACUUACAAUGAGUUCCAAGAUGUAAAGUCAGAUGUUGCCAUUUGGUUAUGAGUAAAAGUAAUUUUACUUAUUUUGAUCAUAAAUUUGUACAUCUGCUCCUAAAAUACAGCUUGUGUAUUUUAGUAAUAAAUGAUUAUACUUAUUACAAACACCAGGCAAAAGCAUUAUUAAUAUGUUAGAUACUCAAUGUUUUAUACUCAAAUAAUUCAUAGCCUAUGUUCUACCAUAUUUUAUGAAAACCUAUUUUUAUACUCUACCUAUAGUACAAAAACUUUUAUUUCUUCAAUAACCACCAGUAAAAAAGAUAUCAUCAAUGCCUUGUAAAAUGUUGAACUAAAUGUAAACUUUACAGUUAUGUCAUAUUUAGUUUAGAUUAUUUUCUGUGUAUAAAUAAUACACUUAGAUAACUGCAUAUCCAUAUAAUAUUGUACAUGAUGAUGGGCUGCAGCAUAUAGAUAUCACCCAUUUCUUAUAAUGGAGAAGGAUAGACAUCUGUAGUCACAUGGUAAUUCUGACUCCAGAAUAGCUGUCCAUCACUUCCACAUUUAAACCAGCAUCAAGAAGCUAUAUAAAGUCAUGUUUCAACAUAUAGAUUAAGCAGGUUAGUCAUAACCCAGGUAGAUAUGUGAGACCGGACUCUGCAGUCAUGCUCACUCUAACUGCUGAACAUCCCCAAGAUGGAGCUAUACUCCUGGUCACUGGAGCAUGCUCAUAUUAACAUAUCUCUACAUAUCCACUAUGAGAACAUUGUCUCCCAGCAAAUGAAAGUGCCACUGAAACACCACCAAUCAGUGCUUCAAUGAUGAUGACCACAUGAAGUUGGGGUAGAAACUUAUAAAGAGAGACAGUGAAACAAAGAAUACUACAAACUGGACAGCAUUGGCAUCUGCCAAUUCUGUUCUCACUAUUAUGUUCUUGGAAUCCUUGCCUAAUACUAUAUUAUGCCAUAAGAUUAUACUAAUAAAUGUAUGUCUCUAUAUUACAGAAAUAUUUCAUUGUAAUGUGUUGCAUGGUCUAUAAAUGUCUGUAUUAAUGAUGGCAUAUUUUCUGAUUACUAAAUGCUAUCAUUUUAGUCAAAAUGUAAAACAAAUUCUACCAUCUAUAAUAAACUGCUCAAACUUAA